GCGCGCGCAAACAGAAAAAACACAUACCCACAGGCGCCGAACACGAUCGGACCGAGCGCCAAGAAAAACUUGGAAAAUUCAGCCGAAAACAAGGCGACGAGAGCUCCAGAACCCUAGCCAUGGCCGUAGGGGCGGGAGUAGACCCCCGAGCGUGGCUAGCCGUCGACGAGACGGCGGGAGCCUUCCUCUCUCGCUCCCUCUCCACGCGGCCCCCCAUCAUCCUGCCGCCGCCGCUUCACCGCGCGCCGCUCCGCCCGGGCAACGUCGUCGAGAUCGCUGGCCCGUCUAACUCCGGCAAGUCCCACCUCCUCCUCAUGGCUGCAGCGCAGUGCAUACUACCGAAGGAGUGGGAGGGCAUCUACUUUGGAGGGUUGGGGAAAGCAGUAAUGUAUUUGGACCUGGAUUGCCGAUUUGAUGUGCUGCGGCUGGCUCAAAUUCUGAGGAAUCGCAUUGCGGAGGGUUGCAGUUCAGCAUGUCCAAGAAAUGGAGAACCUGGAAAGGAUAGCAGCACAGACAAAUUUCAUUGUUCUUUUGAAAGCACACUGUUUUCUGAUUGCAUGCAGCGUUUCUUGUAUGUCCGUUGUUACAGCAGUCCCGAAUUUAUAGCUGCUUUGAAGUCUGUACAGUCUCAAUUAAGGAGUGAAGUUCUUGGUGCCGGUAUAUAUUUUCUUAUGAUAGACAGCAUUGGUGCGUUCUACUGGAUAGAUCGUGAUUCUCAACCUGUCCGAGAGAAUAAAGGGAAAUCACUGCAAAGUAUUACUGAAACUGUUGUCCAAGAGAUUCACAAGGUUUUGCAACUUCAACCUGCAUUAGUGUUAGUCACAAAGUCACCUAUUUAUGGGGAAGGAACUACAGCAGCAAAUGACUUCAACAGGGUUUCUUCGAAGUACAUGCUAGAGGAUUCAACAGUUCUGAGAUAUUCAAGGCAGGAGGAACAAAGAAAUCUGUCUUGUCGGGAUUAUAUGCCAUCAAUAUGGCAGUCAUUUGUUACACACAGGAUAAAGCUGCAAGUGGAAGAAGCAGAACUUUCCUCUGUGCAGGAAAAUGAUGUGCUUUCUACGCAUACUUCUGAGUGGGUGCAACCUUCCCUCAAAACAAAGGAGAAGUUUUGUAUCAGGGAUGAAGUACACUGGCUUCUGAACCAGAUGAGGAGGAGAAUUAUAAGGCAUAAGGCUGCAGAGGCACCAAAGUGUCAGAUUCUUAUGUUCCAGCUAGUGUUUCAUGCUCCUUUUUCUAGGAAGAGACGUGCCACGUUUUGGCGCUCACAAAGUUACUGUACUUAUCCUUGAAGUUAUUUUCUUUGCCACUCUAGCACUGUGUUUCCCCCCCAUCUUUUAUUGAUUGUUGCUUGUCAAUCAGCAUAUCAACCGAUUUAACAGUUAAUUCAAAUUGUAACAUCAUCGUUUAAGGUGAAAUGGAAGCCGCUAAUGGCAAUGGUCAAUUUCUGCCGGCCUUCCAAUUGACUAGGGGGAGUCCCAUACUUUAACAAAUGAUUUCUAUUUUUGGCAGUUAUAUGCGCAAGUGGUCGAGUUAAGAAUUAAGAUAUUUUUUUGACUUAUUAUAAGCUUGGUGAUGUUUACGUGCCUGGAAUGAAACCACUCUAACGCUGCAAAUAAGUGUUUGAUCUGUUCAUGUACAGAUUUCUUUCGUUGGCGUCCUGGCGUUAUGUGCCGAUCCACGGCCCCAGUGCAUCCGGUCACCUGAUGGAUCACAAUAUGGGUAAAGCAGAGUAGGCUUCACAUAAGAGCUGACAUAGUGUUUCUAUCAGCUUGUGACCCAACGUGUGAACUUAGCUUUUAAGUGGCGGAGUCGAUAUUUGCUGAACCUUUUGAUCUCGCGAAGCCCAAAGCAGAAGAUAGAUUCAUUUGUGCUGUAAGCCUGCAACUUUCGAAGUGACUGGAGGUCACAGAAUCAUCGUGCAGGACUACAUCCAAAACUCCAUCUCGUGCGACCUUGCAGACAUCUAAGGUAGAGUUUGGUUCGAGCUUUUGUAACGUAAUCAGCUCACAGCGUUAAUUGAAUCCUUUAUAUCCUAUUUGUUUUAGGCAGGUAGUAAUCUAUUAUCGUGUAAUCGAAUACGGGUCUGUGGAAGCUUGAUACCCUUCCUAUUCCAGCGUAAUCUGUUAACGAUAUGUGUAACUCCUCCUUGUCGCGUUUGUCGCCUCCAUCAAGUGUCUUUCUCCACUCGCCUCACCUCAACUUGCCUUCCCACCAC